AUGACACCUGUCAAGUCUACCACGAGACCUGUCAAGUCUACCACGAGACCUGCCAUGUCUACCAUGAGACCUGUCAAGUCUACCAUGAGACCUGUCAAGUCUACCACGAGACCUGUCAAGUCUACCACGAGACCUGUCAUGUCUACCAUGAGACCUGUCAAGUCUACCACGAGACCUGUCAAGUCUACCACGAGACCUGUCAUGUCUACCAUGAGACCUGUCAAGUCUACCACGAGACCUGUCAAGUCUACCACGAGACCUGUCAUGUCUACCAUGAGACCUGUCAUGUCUACCACGAGACCUGUCAAGUCUACCACGAGACCUGUCAAGUCUACCACGAGACCUGUCAAGUCUACCACGAGACCUGUCAAGUCUACCACGAGACCUGUCAAGUCUACCACGAGACCUGUCAAGUCUACCACGAGACCUGUCAUGUCUACCAUGAGACCUGUCAUGUCUACCAUGAGACCUGUCAAGUCUACCACGAGACCUGUCAAGUCUACCACGAGACCUGUCAAGUCUACCACGAGACCUGUCAUGUCUACCACGAGACCUGUCAAGUCUACCACGAGACCUGUCAAGUCUACCACGAGACCUGUCAAGUCUACCACGAGACCUGUCAAGUCUACCACGAGACCUGUCAAGUCUACCACGAGACCUGUCAAGUCUACCACGAGACCUGUCAAGUCUACCACGAGACCUGCCAUGUCUACCAUGAGACCUGUCAAGUCUACCAUGAGACCUGUCAAGUCUACCACGAGACCUGUCAAGUCUACCACGAGACCUGUCAAGUCUACCACGAGACCUGUCAAGUCUACCACGAGACCUGUCAAGUCUACCACGAGACCUGUCAAGUCUACCACGAGACCAUGCCUCCUCUUCAUCUUUCCCUGCCUCUACAUAUCGUAUCCUGUCCUGCUGCCUACAUAUACUAAUCCCGCAAGCACCAAUAACAGAACAAGCUGGCUCCCCCGGGACAGCUGGCUCCCCCAGCCCCCGGGGCAGCUGGCUCCCCCAGCCCCCGGGGCAGCUGGCUCCCCCAGCCCCCGGGCCAGCUGGCUCCCCCAGCCCCCGGCGCACCUGGCUCCCCCAGCCCCCGGCGCACCUGGCUCCCCCAGCCCCCGGCGCACCUGGCUCCCCCAGCCCCCGGCGCACCUGGCUCCCCCAGCCCCCGGCGCACCUGGCUCCCCCAGCCCCCGGCGCACCUGGCUCCCCCAGCCCCCGGCGCACCUGGCUCCCCCAGCCCCCGGCGCACCUGGCUCCCCCAGCCCCCGGCGCACCUGGCUCCCCCAGCCCCCGGGGCAGCUGGCUCCCCCAGCCCCCGGGGCAGCUGGCUCCCCCCGCCCCCGGGGCAGCUGGCUCCCCCAGCCCCCGGGGCAGCUGGCUCCCCCAGCCCCCGGGGCAGCUGGCUCCCCCAGCCCCCGGGACAGCUGGCUCCCCCAGCCCCCGGGGCAGCUGGCUCCCCCAGCCCCCGGGGCAGCUGGCUCCCCCAGCCCCCGGGGCAGCUGGCUCCCCCAGCCCCCGGCGCAGCUGGCUCCCCCAGCCCCCGGCGCACCUGGCUCCCCCGGCCCCCCCAUUGGCCCUGGUGGCACCCAUAAUGGCCCUGGUGGCACCCAUAAUGACCCUGGUGGCACCCAUAAUGGCCCUGGUGGCACCCAUAAUGGCCCUGGUGGCACCCACAAUGACCCUGGUGGCACCCACAAUGGCCCUGGUGGCACCCACAAUGGCCCUGGUGGCACCCACAAUGGCCCUGGUGGCACCCACAAUGGCCCUGGUGGCACCCACAAUGGCCCUGGUGGCACCCACAAUGGCCCUGGUGGCACCCACAAUGGCCCUGGUGGCACCCACAAUGGCCCUGGUGGCACCCACAAUGAUCCUGGUGGCACCCACAAUGACCCUGGUGGCACCCACAAUGACCCUGGUGGCACCCACAAUGGCCCUGGUGGCACCCACAAUGACCCUGGUGGCACCCAUAAUGGCCCUGGUGGUACCCACAAUGAUCCUGGUGGCACCCACAAUGACCCUGGUGGCACCCACAAUGACCCUGGUGGCACCCACAAUGACCCUGGUGGCACCCACAAUGACCCUGGUGGCACCCACAAUGACCCUGGUGGCACCCACAAUGACCCUGGUGGCACCCAUAAUGACCCUGGUGGCACCCAUAAUGACCCUAGUGGCACCCAUAAUGACCCUGGUGGCACCCAUAAUGACCCUAGUGGCACCCACAAUGACCCUAAUGGCACCCAUAAUGACCCUAGUGGCACCCACAAUGACCCUAAUGGCACCCAUAAUGACCCUGGUGGCACCCACAAUGACCCUAGUGGCACCCAUAAUGACCCUAAUGGCACCAGUAAUCGGCAAUAG